AUGAAGCCGAUCUCCCUCGACGUGGCGUGGCACAUCUUCAACCACAGCGAACCCCAUGUCCAGUCCCAAUUCACGCAAUGCUCACGCGCCUGGCAUUCGUUCUUCAACCCUAAGCUUUACCGAAAAGAUGUCAGAACGGGGCAGUACUCCGCCGUGUUCAAGACGAUUUCCAAUUGCACAGACACGCGGGUGGCCCUCGCCACGCUCAGGCAUACUUGUCGAGCCGGCGCUGACUACAACAAACCAGCCACCAUGUUUAUGAUCGAAGCUCAGCAACCCAGCCCUUUUAUUGUCACGGCCCUGUACGUUGCCGCUUCGAAAGGCCACCCUGACAUAGUGUCAUUUCUCCUUGAUCACGGUGCCGAUAUCGACGGGGUCCCCGACUGCCGGCUGCGGACUCCUGUUUUUAUAUCCCUUCUCAGUCGGGAUGCGGCAACAUCCAUGGUUCUUCUCCAACGUGGCGCACGCCUCGAGUCUCCCGAGUUCGGCAUCAACGCGCUCCACCAAGCGGCCGCUGCGGGACUAACUGAAGUCAUCACCUAUCUGAUCGAGGAGAGAGGGCUGGCGGUGGACCGGGCCGAUAACAACGGUGACACGCCGCUGAUCCAUUCUCUGUUGUCGCCGUCGCCAGAGACGGUUAUUACCCACCUAGCGCGGUUCGGUGUUAAUGUGAACCAGCCCACAACGAUCGACACAUGGCGCAUGACGGCUCUGAGCAUGGCAUGCGAAGACGGCAUGUUCUCUGCCGCCCUGGCUCUGUUGCAAGCCGGAGCAGACGCUACGGGCGAGUUGGACGGUUUGGUCGAGGGGGCCGACCCAGCGCUCCGCAUUCUCGAGCAAAAGCCACUCGAGCUGGCUCUCCUGUCCCGGGCCAAGCCAACGGAUGGAAGGACGGCAGUAGUGAAGCAACGACUUAUCGACCACCUUCUUAAGUCGGGCGCCGACCCGAACACAACGGUCUGCAUAUCGGCCCGCUGCAACUGGACUGGGCCCCUAUUGCUAAAGCUUAUUCGCAUGAAACGCCGUUGGGAGGCCGAGAUGUUGCUGUCUUCCGGUCUUCUGGAUAUCAACAAACGCGACUCAAACGGCGCAACGAGCCUCGAUUGGACACUUUCCACAUGUCAUGGAAACCCGCUCAUGGCAUCGAUUCUACUGCGGCGUGGUGCCAGGAUGGAUGGUACAGUGUUGUGCGGCAUCAUCAGCAAGCUUGGGCGCCUGGCGGACGCGCGAGACGACUGGAGCGUGAUUAGUCUCUUGACGCGCGAGCCUAAGUUGUUGAAGAUUUUCCAUGUGGUGUAUUCGCACUGUUUCUGGGUGGCAUCCCAGCGUGGCGACGCGGCAGCAUCGGGUUUUCUGCAAGACUCCCCGCAGAUGGUUGUGCGUCUCGUCACAGAGAUGCUGAAGCACGGGAUUAGUCUGACGAAGACGGGCGUCUUGAGCAUGCUGCGGAACAAGAAGGAAACCAGACCAGGACCGGUACUUACAGGAAUUCUAUAUCUAGAGAGAAAGAGCGGCUCGCGGAGAUAG